AUGACUAUACUCCCCAAAAAGAAGCCGCCGCCGCCUCCAGACGCCGAUCCUGCCAACGAGCCGCCGCCGCCCGGGCAGCUGCCCCUGGCGCCGCAGCGCGGCAGGGGUGUGGGCGUGGGCGGCGGCGGCACGGGCGUGGGCGGCGGCGAUCGCGACCCUGACUCAGGCGUGGUGGGGGCCCGACCUCGAGCUUCGCCACCGCCUCAAGGCCCGCUACCAGGACCACCAGGCGCUCUUCACCGCUGGGCACUGGCCGUGCCGCCUAGUGCAGUGGCGGGCCCCCGGCCACAACAGGCUUCUCCACCUCCUUGCAGGGGCCCAGUUGGCGGGGGUAGUCCUGAGCGUGAGGAGGUCGGCGCAGGCUACAACAGUGAGGACGAGUAUGAGGCUGCUGCAGCACGCAUCGAGGCUAUGGAGCCUGCCACUGUCGAGCAGCAGGAGCACCGGUUUGAAAAGGCCCUAUGGGACAAGAAGGGCUUCAUCAUCAAGCAGAUGAAGGAGGAUGACGCCUGUCGCUUCCCGGCUGUAGCUGACCAGGUGUAUGGAGACCAGGACAUGCAUGAGGUUGUGCGAAAGCAUUGCAUGGACUAUUUGAUGAAGAAUGCCGACUACUUCUCCAACUAUACCACAGAGGACUUUACCACCUACAUUAACCGGAAGUGGAAAAACAAUUGCCAUGGCAACCACAUUGAGAUGCAGGCCAUGGCAGAGAUGUACAACCGUCCUGUGGAAGUGUACCAGUACAGCACAGACCCUAUCAACACAUUCCAUGGGAUACAUCAAAAUGAGGAUGAACCUAUCCAUGUCAGCUACCAUCGGAAUAUCCACUAUAAUUCAGUGGUGAAUCCUAGCAAGGCCACCAUUGGUGUGGCGGGCCUGCCAUCAUUCAAACCAGGGUUUGCAGAGCAGUCUCUGAUGAAGAAUGCCAUAAAAACAUCGGAGGAGUCGUGGAUUGAACAGCAGAUGCUAGAAGACAAGAAACGGGCCACAGACUGGGAGGCCACAAAUGAGGCCAUCGAGGAGCAGGUGGCUCGGGAAUCCUACCUGCAAUGGUUGUGGGAUCAGGAGAAACAGGCUCGCCAGGUCCGCAGCCCCAGCCAGCCCCAGAAAGCCAGUGCCACAUGCAGUUCGGCCACAGCAGCAGCCUCCAGUGGCCUGGAGGAGUGGACUAGCCGGUCCCCACGGCAGCGGAGUUCAGCCUCAUCACCUGAGCAUCCUGAGCUGCAUGCUGAGCUGGGCAUCAAGCCCCCUUCCCCAGGCACUGUCUUAGCUCUUGCCAAACCUCCUUCACCCUGUGCGCCAGGUACAAGCAGUCAGUUCUCGGCAGGGGCCGACCGGGCAACUUCCCCCCUUGUGUCCCUCUACCCUGCUUUGGAGUGCCAGGCCCUCAUUCAGCAGAUGUCCCCCUCUGCCUCUGCAGGUCUGAAUGACUGGGAUGAUGAUGACAUCCUAGCAUCGGUGCUGGCAGUGUCCCAACAGGAAUACCUAGACAGUAUGAAGAAAAACAAAGUGCACAGAGACCCGCCCCCAGAUAAGAGUUGAUGGAGACCCAGGGAUUGGACACCAUCUCUCAACCCUAGCACUCCUGCCCUCUGGUGCCGCCUCAACCUUCUUUGGCUUCUUCCCUCUUGCCUCCUUCUGUUCUUCUGCUCUCCCCUCUUUUCCCUCCUCUUCACUUCCCUCUGGCUAGCCCACCCCUGUGCUCCCUCUCAUUGCUGCUGCCACUAUCAACUGUCUCUCUGCCAGCUGACGUGCCCUGUUGCCCCCCACCCUGCAUAGCACCAUCCCUGCAUUCCACAGGGGACUCGGGCAAGGGUGCCGAGGAUAGACAAGAGGUACACAGAGACAGACCAACUGGCAGCCAGGCAGCCCCAGAGGAGAGAGACAUUCAGACAGGGGAAAAUCUCCCUGCCCCUCAUUCCUUCCAAGAUGAGAAAAACUUGCUGCCCCCCCUCCACACUGAUGCCAGGGAUGUGGGAGGAAGAAGUGGGAAAUUUCCCUUUCCAGUACCCCAAGAAUGUCUGAGCCUUUGAUCUUGAAAUUUUUUUCUUUAUGAAAAUGUACUUUUAUCUUAUGAAAUUAACUAAUCAAAAAUGAUAUAGAUGACAGCACUGGGUCUGUGAAGGUGGCAUCUUUCUGGCCAGGCAGGUCAUGGGGCAUGGAGGGGGGUGAAAAGAUGUGGGUUGCUGUCUUCUAGCCUCCAGCUGCAUGGAGGCAGGCCCAGGGCCAAGGUUGUGCACUGGGCAGGGCAGCAGGUGUCAGACCAGCUUGGACAAUGAAACCCUGACCUUGCUGCAUUCCUUUUGCUUCCACCAUCACUAGUCUCUAUGGAAUCUUGGGGUGGGGGGGCAUCUUUGGGGAUCAUGGCUGCCACCCGGGAUUUGAGUGUAGCAAGUGUGGGAGCAGCCUUGGCAGAUGGGGCACACAUGCCCUGCAGGUGUUGACAAGAUCCGCCAUCUGUAACGUCCUUGGCACAAUAAAACCAAAUGUCAGUUUUCC